AUGUUGUGCAACACUGCGCGUCGCCUGGAUAGCGGUCCGCGAGCCAGUCUCUGUUCAUUCUUGUUCCGCAAAGAGGGGUGCACUGUUCGAGACGCCGAGCGCACACCAGUGCUAGCAUCCCCACAAGUGCUCGUGUGGGUCAUUUCCGCGCCUCUCAAGGACGCGGUUCCCGGCAUGCUGGUGUCUCGUCGCAGCAAACGGCUACGCUUGGGCCCCUGGCACCAGCGCUUUGGUCAGGGCGCCGGCUCCCAUGGCGCUGCGCAACUGCCUCCCAAGAGGCCCUCCAAGCCCCUACCGUUUCUGCUGUAA